AUGACGCAGAUUAAAACUUGGGGUAUGACAGGGGAUGCGGACACAUUUCGGCAGGGGGCAGCUGCGUUUCGGAACGGAAGAGACUGGGCCAAGCGCGAACGAGACAAGGCAAUCAAAGAGGCGAAUGACAGGGUAGCUCAUGACCCAGUUUCUAUAACCUCGGGCGAUGCCUUAGGUUCGAGUUUCGGAAGUGAUGUAUCCGCCUGCGACACAAUUGUCACCAGUCAAGAAACGAUUUUGAACCCUCCUCCCCAUGGUCUACCAAUCUAUGAGUCUGAAACGUCUGCCGACGAACUGUCUCUAGAUCAUCCGCCCCGCAUCAAGCGUACCAAGUCGCCGCAAAAGAAGCCUUUUGGUUAA